CUGAUAUGCCCUCACACAGGCACUACUUUUCCGGUACCAACCUCAGACUGCAAAGAUCAGAACAGCAGAUAAUUACAUUCUCACAAGAAAGAGAGACAGAGAUAGACAGACAGACAGUAAGAGAGAGAGAGAGAGCGAGAGAGAGAGAGAGAGAGAGAGCAAGCGAAAGAGAGGGAGAGAGGAUAUUAACGUGAACCUGAGCAAUAAUAUUAGAGACCUCAAGUUCCAUUUGAGUUUGACAGACUGCUAUUCUGAGUGAGAGACACCGUAACCAGGCAAUGGAUUGUGCAGCGAUGGAUUGUGCAACUCAGGGAGCAGAGAGACAGAGUGGACCCCCAGUGUUGCCUAUCAAACAGCGCAGGAGUCUCUACUCGCGAGGCUCUAGUAUGGGUUCCAGUGUGGACCUGGAGUUGGAUGGGAGUGUCUCUAGCCCAUUGGGGCCCCAUCAGCACCAGGGCUCUACCUGUACAGAUGUGUUCUCUGCAGCCACUGAUUGCCAUGCACUGCAGUGUCCCAUUCACCAGCGCUAUGACCCCUCUUACUGUCAUCAAGAGAGGUUUUUCUCAGAUAGCACCACCCCUCCACCAGUGCCCAAGAAGAGGCUGGCUCGAACCCUUUCCCUACCAGGGGUCUAUCUGUGUCCCCUUUCCCCACUACCCUGCAGUCACCAAAACUAUGACAACCCUCUCUACAUGCUGGUCCCCAUCGCAGGCACUCAGCCCCAUGUAGAGAUAGACGAAGAAAGACCAGUCCAGAAGAGCCCUCUCAACUUGCAGCCGCUAUCUCAACUGGACUUCGAUACACCUGAUGAACAGCUUACCUACUUCUUCAGCAGUUUCUACAACCAAGGGGACAUUUGUCAAGGUAUUCAGCAUCGCCACCUACUGUUCCUGAGGAGUAUGGAACAGCGCAUAGAGGCUGGGGUUCUCCUGAUGAGAGUGUCCGGCGAAGGCGUUUUUGCAUUUCAGCCCCAAGAUUUCCUACUGUGUGAAAACUACCAGCCCAAGCAGAUAGCAGGUUCACUGUACUACAGCCUGCAUAGCCCAAAGAUUCCAGGGAGGAUAAUCGCAGCUAAGGAAUCAGGAUGGAUGGAUGGAGUUGUGGUCGGAUUUACCAAAUGGAAGGCGAGGGAGAGCUUUGUGCGCGUCUCUGUGUGUGGAGUACAGGUAAGCAGUGAAGUUGGCCCCUUGUCUCAACCUACCUCAGUGCCGCCCAAUGUCAACAUUCAGCAGGUCAUUGUAUCUUUCCCAUCAUGCCCAGCACUGGAGAAAGAACCUGGAACCAAAAACACAACCACUUCAGACUCCUCACAGUCUGAUCAGACAGGGACAGAAUCACCAGAUGAGAGCAGAAUUGAGGCAGACCAAAGUCAAGCGGAGUCUGAGGAGAGCAGUGGACCUACAGUUGCUUCACUAUUGCUCAAGGGAUAUGCAGUGACAAUUGAGAGAGACUUACCACAGGCUACUUUGGAAGACUUUGUACAAGAGGGAAGGUUCCUGCGGAGCUUUAAACCAUUAGUGUAUGAAAGGCAACUGAGUAUUCUGCUGCUACAGUUAGCCUUGGGUUUACAACACCUGUGCAGUAAUGCAGCCACGUGCGCUGAGCUGAAGGCUCAAGGCAUCUUGCUGGUAUGGCCAAGGGAGAGGGAAACAGAGGCAGACAAAGCAGAAGAAAGUGGAAGAAGUGAAGAAAUUGAGUUAUUGGAGAAUGAAAAAGAGAAGAUAAAAGGAGAGAUUCAGGAGCUAUGGAGAAAGUGGGGAACCCCUCGUGUGGCGUUGACCAAUCACACCAGUCACAGUGACCCCAGUCUCUUUCAGCCUGCUCAUGCACCUCCAUCCAUCCAGUCUCAGUUCGGAGUGUUGCUAGAGUACUGCCUGUACCUCUCUGACAAUGCUCCCUCUCAACAUACACAGAGUUCAGAUGGCGCCAUCCAGAGUUCCCCAUAUCUACCAGGGCUUCUCCAACUAGCCUCCUGGCUUCAGGAUGAGGGUAGUGGGCUACAGAUAGCAGACGUAGUGGGGGUCCUGCAGGCUCUGCUCUGGGGUCCACGUGUUGAGCUCUUCAGGGUAAAUCCCCCCGUGCCUUCCACUCUGCACAACUGGCUGUCAGUCAAGCAGGCCCUUCUGAUGCUGAAGCUGGCAGAGGGAGGGCUGAUCCAGGACCUGCCCAGUCUGGACUGGGAGCACUGCCUGUGUCUACAGUACAUCUCCUUCACUGACUCUGAAACUGUGAUGAGGGCCACAGCUCGACUAGGACUCCACAACAGUGGACAGGAAGUUGUGAUUACUCAUGUCUGUUAAUUGAAGUCCACUGCUUGAAUUAAUGAUCCUCCAAUCAAGGGUUUCCCAAACUCGGCCCCCCCCUGGGUGCACGUUUUUGUUUGUUGCCCUAGAAGUACACAGCUGAUUAAAAUAACUACUCAUCAAGCUUUGAUUAUUUGAAUCAGAUGUGUAGUGCUAGGGCAAAAGACUAAAUGUGCACCCAGGUGGGGUCCCAAACUUAGGGAUACCCUGCUCUAAUCUAAUGUAAAAUGUGGAUGAUAGUUAACGUUCAUGUUGUCAGAAUCUCUUGAACAUUGCCUUCCAGAUGUUCAAGAUAGAUUCUGACAACAUGAACGUUAAAUAUCAUCCACAUUUGACAUUAGAUUAGAGCAGGGCAUUAAAGGUUUGCUUUUUUAUUAGACAUUUUUCUACAGCAUUGCUUUCCAAGUAUAUUGGGCAAAUUACAUAUCAGCUCCAAAUCAAAUGUAUAUGCACUGUGUUCUAUAAUUAACAUUUCAUGGAUCCAAGGAGCCCCAUUAAAGAUUUUAAAAUAUCAA